UUUGGCUUGUCGCAGCUAGCAGUGGAUAGAAGAAGGCUGGAGGUCAUGGCGGAGGACGGCUUGGUACAAAUUUUGGCACUCCUUGUCCUGGACACCGACGGUGGGCGCCUAGCAGUGAAAUACAAUUCCCUGGCGCGAAAGGAGCUGUGGCAGACAGUGAAGCAACAGGUCGCUUUUGAGAAGCGAGUCAUCAACAAGCUGCCGAAGCCAUCUGCAACCCGGAGUGAUGUGGAUGUCGCAGUCAUUGAUGAUUACACCGUCAUAUUUCAGGCUUGCAACGACGUGGUCGUAGCAGCCGUGGCUGCUGCCAGCGAGAACGAGUUAGUCGUGCUGGAGCUUGCAGAAGGCAUGUUCAAUGCGCUGUCGAGCGCAUGCCAGAGUCAAAGCUUUUUGUCCUCUGGCCUCACCAAGCAGCUUGUGUUGGAUAACCUUUCUGAUGUCCUCUUCAUUUUGGACGAGGUGACCGACAACGGAGUCAUCAUGGAGACUGAUGACGAGAAAAUCUCGGCACGGAUCAAGAUGAUCGAUGAGACAGAAGUAACCCAGAGCGCACAGGCAGAACAGAUGUUCCAAAAGGCGACCCAAAGUGCCAAGCAGAAGCUGCUGGGCUCAUUGAUGGGAAGUCGGGGCUGAGAAUGCCAUCUCUGACGUGCAGUUGGGUGACUUUUCUGCUUCAAUGUUGCUGCCAAGCUGCCACUUCCUCCAAACAUGCAGGGGGGAGACUGCAAGUUGGCGAAGCGUUGGGACAACGGUUUCUAGGAGACACAAGCCCGCUUCCAAGCGAGCGGUCUCACGCAGUCUCAUCCUCACAC